AUGCAUCAAAAGAUGUUGAUUAAUUUAGCAGCUUUCCUGUUUCUGUUUGCUCAACUUAUAAAAGGAUCUGAACAACAACAACAACCCCAACAACAGAAACCACCAACAGAACUUCAAAAGCAACUUGGACUGCUACAAAUGCAAUUGGGACAAUUUAUUCAAAUGAUUUCAAAUUUAUUGAAACAAUUAACAGGAAUGGAUUUGAAUACAAUUAUUAUGCUUUUUCCAGGAAAAGCAGAAGCAUUCCAAGGAUUUCAAAAAGCCCUUGGAGCUUUAUUUACAACCUUAGGACAAUUAGGAUGA